AUGGGGCUCAAAUCCAGGAGGGCGGCGGCGGCGGCAUCCUCCUCCUCCUCCCCGGGCGCGGGUGAAGGUGGCACCGGUGGCAUCGGCGGGGGGCGCCUGGAGGAGGAGGAGGAGGAGGAGGAGAGGAAGGCGGGGGCCGGGGACCCGGAGCCGGGCUCCUCCCUGGCGCUGGGGGCCGGCGCCGACCGCGAUGGGACCCUGCUGCUGGCCGGGGCGGGCAAGGCGGACGGCGCCCGGCGCAACAUGCAGGGGGGCAUCGGCCUGCUGGCCAAGACCCCCCUCAGCCGCCCCGUCCAGCGGAACCACGCCAGGUACCGGCGGGCCCAGACGCUCGUCUACGACGCCCUGGAGAGGCCGCGGGGAUGGGCGCUCCUCUACCACGCCUUCGUGUUUCUGAUUGUCCUGGGAUGCUUGAUUUUAGCUGUCCUGACAACUUUCAAGGACUAUGAAACGGUAUCUGGAAAUUGGUUGUUACUCUUGGAAACCUUUGCCAUUUUCGUCUUUGGCGCGGAAUUUGCCUUGAGGAUCUGGGCUGCUGGAUGCUGCUGUCGGUACAAAGGAUGGAGAGGGAGGCUGAAGUUUGCCCGGAAACCUUUGUGUAUGUUGGAUAUCUUUGUGCUGAUCGCCUCCGUGCCGGUGGUGGCCGUCGGGAACCAAGGCAAUGUCCUGGCGACGUCCCUCAGGAGCCUCCGUUUCCUUCAGAUCCUCCGGAUGCUUCGCAUGGACAGGAGAGGCGGCACCUGGAAGCUCUUGGGCUCGGCCAUCUGCGCGCACAGCAAAGAACUCAUCACGGCCUGGUACAUUGGGUUCCUGACUCUCAUCCUCUCCUCGUUCCUGGUGUACCUGGUGGAGAAGGACGUGCUGGAGAAAAACGCAGAGGGGAAGGAGACGAAGGAGUUUGAAACCUACGCCGACGCUCUGUGGUGGGGACUGAUUACACUCGCAACCAUCGGCUAUGGGGACAAGACCCCCAAAACAUGGGAAGGACGCCUGAUAGCAGCCACCUUCUCUCUCAUCGGAGUCUCGUUUUUCGCUCUUCCAGCCGGCAUUUUGGGUUCGGGCCUGGCUUUGAAAGUGCAGGAACAGCAUCGCCAGAAGCACUUUGAGAAGAGAAGAAAGCCGGCUGCAGAACUCAUCCAGGCUGCCUGGAGGUACUACGCUACAAAUCCUAACAGGCUGGACCUCGUUGCCACUUGGAGGUUUUAUGAAUCAAUCGUAUCAUUCCCAUAUUUCAGGAAAGAGCAGGUGGACGGUUCCAGUAAUGUCAUGUUUAGUAGGGAAGCAUUCUUUGGAUCAAGCGUCACCCGAAAACUUAGCCAAAAGCUGGGUCUCUUGGAUCGGGUUCGUGGUACCAAUACUAAAGGAAAGCUAUUUACCCCUCUGAAUGUAGAUGCAAUUGAAGAAAGCCCUUCUAAAGAACCUAAGAGUGUUGCCUUGAAUAAUAGGGAGCGUUUUCGCACUGCGUUCCGAAUGAAAGCGUACGCAUUCUGGCAAACCUCCGAAGAUGCUGGAACUGGGGAUCCUUUGGCAGAAGAUAGAGGAUACAGCAAUGAGCUCCUCAUCGAAGAUAUGAUCCCCACGCUGAAGGUGGUCAUCCGAGCUGUCAGAAUACUUCAGUUCCGCCUCUAUAAGAAGAGAUUCAAGGAGACCUUGAGGCCUUAUGACGUAAAGGAUGUGAUAGAGCAAUAUUCAGCGGGGCACCUAGACAUGCUUUCCAGAAUCAAAUACCUUCAAGCAAGAAUAGAUAUGAUUUUUGCUCCUGGACCACCAUCUACUCCCAAACAUAAGAAAUCUCAAAAGGGAGGGACAUUCUCUUACCCUUCGCAGCAGCAGUCUCCAAGGAAUGACCCGUACAUAGCCAAAGCAUCCACAGUAGAUCCCGAAGACCAAAGUAUGAUGGGAAAAUUCGUCCGAGUCGAAAGACAGGUUCAUGAUAUGGGGAAGAAACUGGAUUUUUUAGUCGACAUGCAUAUGCAACAUGCUGAGCAGCUGCAGGUCCAGGUCACAGAGGUGUGCCCGUCUAAAGAUCUAGCUGAGGAUAACAGAUAUUCUGAACUGAAAUCCAUCAUUUACAAAUACUCUGAGCCUUCCAUUCAUGAAUUGCCUCCAAGCUUCCACCAAGUUCCGGUGAACAAGGUUCCUCCUUUUGGCUUCUCUGCCCAGGACCGCCGUACUGGACCCCUUUCAUUGCCCUGGUCUAGUCAAAACUCUGGUAGGUUGCCAACAACGCCUUUCUCAACUUCAUACCCCGAGAGGCCGACAGUUUUGCCUAUACUUACCUUCAUUGACCCUCACAUUUCCUACCAGUCACCUCUGGGAGACCCCCGGAGUCCCCACGCAGAAAGAAUCUCUUCAAGGCAGAAACACAGCCUGACGAGAGACAGCGAUACCCCAUUGUCCCUUCUCUCUGUCAACCACGAGGAACUCGAGCGUUCACCAAGUGGAUUCAGCAUCUCCCAAGACAAAGAAGACUUCCCGUUUGGGCCAAAUGGUGGCUCAAGCUGGAUGAAAGAGAAGAGGUAUUUAGCAGAGGGCGAAACGGACACCGAUACUGACCCAUUCACACCCAGUGGCUCUAUGCCUCUGUCUUCGACAGGGGAUGGGAUUUCUGAUUCGGUAUGGACCCCUUCAAACAAGCCAGUUUGAA